GGGAGGGGCGGGCCGGGGGUGGGGGCGGAGGGGUUGUGGUUCCACUGCAGCGGGGGCUCCUGUGUCCUUGUGCGGAAAUGACACACGGAGUCCCGUCACGUCACGCGAGAGCGCAGCGCACGGACACACACAAAGAGAGGGGAAAAUACACGGCGCCCGCCCGCCGCCCCCAGCAACCGCCCGGGCCGCCCCGGCCAGGCCCUCCGCGCGCGGCCCCCGCUCCCCGGCCCCGCGCGCCCCCGCCCCCCCACGUGGCGCCCAAACUCGGCGCGGGCCCGCUCGGCAAAGUACAGAACUCGUGUCCCAGUGAAAUAGAAGAUGAACGCAACUGAAUUCAGUGAAGAUGUAGAAGAAGUUCUAAAAAAUAACACUGUGAAAGUGGAGACAGAGGCCGAAGAUGCUGCCCUGGACUGCUCAGUGAACUCCAGGUCUGCCGAGAAGCACCCUCUGGACAGCGUCUUCACUGCCCUCCAGGACUCCAGCAAGCGCAAGCAGCCGGGCAGCGAUGGCCAGCCCGACUCCGUCCCCAGCGUGAAGAGGCGGCGGCUGAUUCCCGAGGCGCUCCUAGCAGGCAUGCGGAACCGGGAGAACAGCUCGCCCUGCCAGGGCAAUGGGGAGCAGGCCGGCAGGGGCAAGAACUCGGGCUCCGUGUGGCCGGGCGAGGAGGAGCCCUGCAACGAUGUGACCACCCCCUCCUACAAGAAGCCUCUGUAUGGCAUCUCGCACAAGAUCAUGGAGAAGAAGAACCCUCCCAUGGGGGAUGCACUCAACACCUACGAGCUCUUCGAGAAGGCCAACGCGGGCAACAGCCCCUCACCACUGCGGCUCCUGAACGAGCCACAGAAGCGGGACUGCGGCAGUGCCACAGCGGCCACCGACGGGGACCCCAACAUCUACUUUCUGAUCCAGAAGAUGUUCUACAUGCUCAACACACUCUCCUCCAACAUGUCGCAGCUGCACAGCAAGGUGGACCUGCUCUCCCUGGAGGUGAGCCGCAUCAAGAAGCAGGUGAGCCCCACGGAGAUGGUGGCCAAGUUCCAGCCGCCCCCCGAGUACCAGCUCACGGCGGCCGAGCUCAAGCAGAUCGUGGACCAGAGCCUGUCGGGCGGGGACCUGGCCUGCCGCCUGCUGGUGCAGCUUUUCCCCGAGCUCUUCAGCGAUGUGGACUUCUCCCGCGGCUGCAGUGCCUGCGGCUUCGCUGCCAAGCGGAAGCUGGAGUCGCUGCACCUGCAGCUCAUCCGCAAUUACGUGGAGGUCUACUACCCGUCGGUGAAGGACACGGCCGUGUGGCAGGCCGAGUGCCUGCCGCAGCUCAACGACUUCUUCAGCCGCUUCUGGGCCCAGCGGGAAAUGGAGGACAGCCAGCCGGGCGGCCAGGUCGCCAGCUUCUUUGAGCCGGAGCAGGUGGAUGCCGGCCACUUCCUGGACAACAAGGACCAGGAGGAGGCCCUGUCUCUGGACCGGAGCAGCACCAUCGCCUCAGAUCACGUGGUGGACACGCAGGACCUCACGGAAUUGCUGGAUGAGGCCUCCUCGCCUGGCGAGUUCGCCGUCUUCCUUCUCCACCGGCUCUUCCCCGAGCUCUUCGACCACCGGAAGCUGGGCGAGCAGUACAGCUGCUACGGGGAUGGCGGCAAGCAGGAGCUGGACCCGCAGAGGCUGCAGAUCAUCCGCAACUACACGGAGAUCUACUUCCCCGACAUGCAGGAGGAGGAGGCCUGGCUGCAGCAGUGCGCCCAGCGCAUCAAUGACGAGCUCGAGGGCCUGGGGCUGGACGCGGGCAGCGAGGGUGAGCCACCGCGGGACGACUGCUACGACUCCUCCAGCCUGCCCGACGACAUCUCCGUGGUCAAAGUGGAGGACAGCUUCGAGGGCGAGCGGCCCGGCCGGCGGUCCAAGAAGAUCUGGCUGGUGCCCAUCGACUUCGAGAAGCUGGAGAUCCCGCAGCCUGACUUCGAGGUGCCAGGCGCCGACUGCCUGCUCAGCAAGGAGCAGCUGCGCAGCAUCUACGAGAGCAGCCUGUCCAUCGGCAACUUCGCCUCGCGCCUGCUGGUGCACCUCUUCCCCGAGCUCUUCACCCACGAGAACCUGCGCAAGCAGUACAACUGCAGCGGCUCCCUGGGCAAGAAGCAACUGGACCCGUCCCGCAUCAAGCUCAUCCGCCACUACGUGCAGCUGCUCUACCCCCGGGCCAAAAACGACCGUGUCUGGACCCUGGAGUUUGUGGGCAAACUGGACGAGCGCUGCCGGCGCAGGGACACGGAGCAGAGGCGCUCCUACCAGCAGCAGCGCAAGGUCCACGUGCCCGGCCCCGAGUGCAGGGACCUGGCGAGCUAUGCAAUCAACCCCGAGAGGUUCCGAGAGGAAUUUGAGGGCCCCCCGCUGCCUCCCGAGAGAAGCAGCAAGGACUUCUGCAAGAUCCCCCUGGACGAGCUGGUGGUCCCCUCGCCCGACUUCCCGGUGCCUUCGCUUUACCUGCUGUCAGACAAGGAGGUGCGCGAGAUCGUGCAGCAGAGCCUCUCCGUGGGCAACUUCGCCGCCCGGCUGCUUGUGCGGCUCUUCCCGGAACUCUUCACCGCCGAGAACCUCCGGCUGCAGUACAACCACUCCGGGGCCUGCAACAAGAAGCAGCUGGACCCCACGCGCCUGAGGCUCAUCCGCCAUUAUGUGGAAGCCGUCUACCCCGUGGAGAAGAUGGAGGAGGUGUGGCACUACGAAUGUAUCCCCAGCAUCGACGAGCGGUGCCGCCGCCCCAACAGGAAGAAAUGCGACAUCCUGAAGAAAGCCAAGAAAGUGGAGAAGUGAUGGGCAACCUGCGGACCGAGCGUUUCUUUUGGAGCACGCGUAUGGUACCCAUAGACCCGCACCUUAUGUCAUUGGGGAGUGGCUUACUGCAUUUGCACACGUACACACCCACCCAACCACAAGAAAGAAGCCUUGCGUUUUUGGUCUCUUGUACUUAGGACUUCUGUCCUGUGUUCCCUGGUGGUGCAGAGUGUGGGGAGAGCCGAGCUGUGAGAACAGAGAGGCUUCAGAGUGGGGCACGCUCUCCCUGGCUGUGUCCUCCCUGACCCUCGCAAUUUGAAAUGCAAACCCAGCAACUCUCUUGUUCCUCUUCCCACAUUUUACAUCUUCCAUUUUUAUCAAUUUUUUUUAAUUAAAAAGAAACCCUUUUUAAAAAAAUCAUUGGGCUCUUUGGGGGCCAUUUUACUUAGAGAAAAAAUCUUUUAAAUAUUUGAGAUGAAGUACUGUAAGAUGACUUCAGUUGCUAGGAUUUUUUUUUUAAAGAUGGUUUCAGAUUUAUGAAAUUUUUAGAAGUGCCAUGUUCAUGCAUGAUGGCUAAUAAGAGCUUCAGGUGGUAGAGAGACCGAUUUUACCAAUCUUGUCUUUUACAUCUGAUUUUAGAAAAGUCAAGAUGCCCCUUGGAUGGCAGUAGAGGGGAUGGAAUAGUGAUGUCCUUUCUGACCAUGGUCGCAUUCUCCCUUCCACUGUGGUGCCAAGGAGGGGGUGUGUGUGCGGCCUGGUCUGUUCGUCAUUGCUGCGUCGGUAGAAUGUUGUGCGCACUCUCUGUAGAUGAGAACACUGGAUGAUGAUGAUGAUGAUGAUAAUGAUGAUAUGAAUGUAGAUAGACGUGGAAACACGUUCACAGUGUCUUCAUCUGAGCUGUGUCCUUCCACUGCCCCCUUCCCUUGCCACACCAGAAUGCUGGUUGGAGCAGCAGACACGUUUCCUUGGAAAACAGUGUGUGGCUAUUUGGCUUGUUUGAUUUAAGGAUGGGCCCCUUUGGGCUUACCAAGAACUGUUUACUUCCCGUGUGUGUAUUUGUACAAAACCCAGGUUCUGGGAGCUGUAUGGUGACUUCACCACACCUCAGUGUUAGCUCUUCCAGUCAGGACACAUCCUUGUUCCUCAGGGCGGGCCUAGGCCUCAGGCCCUCUUGGGGACACCUGGUAUUGGAAGGGCACAGGUCAUUUCAUAUGGGGUCCCCAUAUGCCUUCCCAGGGUCCACGCAGAGUUUUCCCCUCAGACCCCCUAGAAGGUCCUGCUGUCCUACAUCUGGCUGGCCCCUUGGCCUCAGGUUGAGACAUCUUGUCUCUCCCCGCUGGUUGGGAAGUUCGCACUGCUCCAGGCCAGCGGCGUGCUCUCUGGGAGUUCCAAACAGGGACUUCCCCAAUAGGUAAAGUCCUUAAAAAGAAUACUUUUACCUGCCUGAUUCUGGGGGCCAAAUGCCUAAGAGGGAAAGGAAACAGGAAACAGUCCAACCCAAACUGAGUACCUACCAGACACCUAGAACAUGGACUGGCCCACGCACGGCAGUCAGGGAGCCCUGGGAACGCUACAGUUAGUGACCUAAUGCCUUCAUCGUUUGCUACCUUAAAAUGCAGGAAUAGAAACAAUCUGUGAAUUUUCUUUAUACAGCUGAUGAGGACUUCAGUGCCAGGGCUGUGUGACAUCAUUUUGCCUGCACCUAGUGGGCAUUUUUUUUUUAAUGGCAGGAUUUUGAGCAAUGUAAAGUUGCUGGUCUGACUUUAGUAAGUUUGCUUUUAAAUGUCAUUUACAGAUUAUUUCUCUUAAAACUGCAGACCUAAAUUAUUGAAAUUUAGAAAUGCACAGAGACUUAAUGACGCUCUCUCAUCCACUUACAUGUGCACACACAUUUCUUACUAAAACACUGAAGUGAGAGGAAGGGGACCUACAUGAAUAACACCUGCAACCUCUGUGCCUGGAAAGAAGGGACUGGAGCAGCCAGGAGACUCACUUUCCCCCUCACUUGGGCCUUUCUCUAUGCCUUAGUCUCUCCAACACACAGAUGCACGCACGCACACACACACGCACACACACGCCCCACCCAAAGAUGGCGGUGGUACUCGCCUGCUGGCCCUGCUGCUUGGCGGAUGCCCUGGAAUUUGUUCUGGUCUCCAGGAUGUAGCCAAGAGGAUUCCAAGCCAUGUGAAAAUUGCCCUGCUUUCUAGAGGGUGGAAUGUGACCCUGCAAUGUCAGAAGCACAAUCAUGUAUUAAUAAUAAAAAUAUUCUGUCUACCCACAUUGCAGAAAUCAACAAGUUCUAGGUUCUGGAAAUGAAAUAUGUCUCUUUAUAACCUAGAGCAUGUUCAAGUUUUAGAAACCACACUUUGGUGGUUUCCUUCAUACCUUUCCUGGGUAGGGCUUCUUCCCCCCAAAUCUUAGAACCCCUUUCAUGAAGAGAGGUGGACACACUUUGAGAGCUGUUUCCUGUCCCUCCAGACUGUCUCACCAGGAAACGCCUGCAGGUCCUGUGUCUGUCUGUAUGGUGUCCUCAUUUCUCCAGCAAUCCCGGUGGGCUCCAGGGGCGAUUUUUUACAUGAAGCAAUAGAAGUACAAAAUACUUAUUUUUUUCAAAAUUUAAUGUUUUCCAUGAAAUCUGUUGGCAAACCCUUUCCCUGUCCCCAUCUAAAUUUUUGGUUUUUACUUGUUUGUUUUUUGGAUUUGUCUUGUUUCACCUUUUAUCCAGAAGACUGAAGAAUUAGCACAGACACGUUCUAAUGUCAAGUAAAAUAGCAAGUCACAAUAGGUGGUAGUGUCCCUCGUUUUCUCUGUUAGUAAGUUUUAAAGAAUGUAUGAAGAUAGUCAUGAAUGUACGAGAUGUCCUAAUCCUGCUUCAGUUCACUUUGGCUGUGUCUACAUGACAACAAACGUCUGACAGGGAAUAAAGUCAUGUCUAGUGUCAUGGAUGUUAGUGUGUCCCUCCCCUUCAGUGUUGGCCCCAAAACUUCCUUUCUCUUUUUAAGUUGGGGAGGAGGGGGUACCACAUCAGCAGCAAUCAUCAACCAACCAAUGGGAUCUACAUAGUGGUAAGUGGAUUAGCUGUUUAAAUGGUAGGAGUUGCUGGCCUGUCCACACCACGGCAUGGCCCUUGGGUUCCUGUAGAGAUGGCUUCCGUUUCCACCUUUUCCCUGAAUCUUUGCUUCCUGCCUGGUUGAGAGGGGUGUCUCAGACCCCUGACUGGAGGUCACUGAGCUCUCACCCUGCCUGGCCAUGUGGAUAGACGAUAUGAAGUAGUGGUGGUGCCGAGGGGCUGUUCCUGCCAUUCGAAAUACUUGCCUCGAGUAGAUCCAGCCUUAAUGAUUUUCUGACAUCCUAGUGAUAGCAGACCCUGCACAAAGUGGAUAUCAGAUUAAUACUGUGAGGAGACAAAAUAAUAAAGAUAGUUUUACCAAAGAUGAUGAAAUAUUGCAUAAUGUCUGCAUUUUACCAUUGAUUUGAGUGCAUCCUUAGAAAACUGAAUGUAACAAAAACCCAGGACAUUUUUUGGAAAUUGUAUGCUCUCUAGCAACUUUGUGUGAAUUUUUAU